UUUUUUAGAAAAAUUAAAAAAAUUAAUUUCCUUUUAAAGUUAAAAUGACAUUAUUUACAGAUUUGCAGAUUUCAAUAAGGAAUAAUUUAUGCAUACAAUUUUGACUGUUUGAAUUAAAUUUGUGUACAGUGAGCGGCCAGUGCCUCAUGGUGUAUUUCACUAAAAUUAAACAGUUGUUUCUACUUCUCCUUUUUUAUUUUGCCGUAAUAUAAUCUUUCAUUUUUGCUAAGUAUUUCUGUGCAUGUGAGUGUUUUAAACUUUUUACAAUUUCACUGCAGGUGGCCCAUUAUAGUUUGUUUAGUCAAUGUUUAAAAAAAAUAUAUACUCCAGACUAUUUAAUCUUAUGAAUUUUGUUUCUCUCUUUUAAAACAAUCGCAUAAUUAGUGUAUGUUUCUUGUAUAUCAAUGAUAUGUUAUAGUUCUAAAGAAUUUCUAAUACAAAAAAACAAAUUUUGGAAUUAACGAAAUGAGUGGUAGAGAUUUCAAGUCUUUUCUUGCUUCACACAAAGCUGAAAUUGGCAAGAAUGAUACACGUUUGGUAACAAGAUUUCUUAGUGGACACAAGCCGACUUACAAACAAAUUGAUUACAGUCAAUUAUAUGCUCUGGCAAAAAUUAAAAAAUCCUCUGGUGACAGAGCUUUGCGUAAAGUUGAGAAAUUAUCCAAACAAAACAAAAGCAACAAGGAACGGCAGUUAAUACAAGAACAUAAACGAGUAUGGGAAAAGGAAAUGCAGAAGUUAAAAUACACUCAAACACAGAUCGAAAAUGAUAUUAAAUAUAUACGUCCUAUUUCUCAAGACCUUCAAUCCUCAAAAACAUCAUUGGAAGAACUAUACGAAGAUAUCAUUGAUUACGAAGACAAAAUGCAAUGUGAACUGCAUUUGUUUACUAAAAAUACUUUGCGACCUGUUCAUGACUUGCAGGCUGACAUAAAACUUUGGUUAGCACAAAAUCGUAGUCAACUUUUAGUUGGUGCACAUGAUUUGGAAGAUGAGCAAAGGGUUAACAAGACAAUCCAGUCCGUUAAGAAACAACAAGAUGUGAUAAUAGAACGACUUGAAGAGGAGGAAGAGGUUAUUGAGGAUGAAAUCUAUGAUAUUAUAGAAAAUAUUGGUAUGCAUACUCUUGAUGUAAAAUUACCUAAAAUUAAACUUGGAAUUCCUGAAGAUCUAUUACAACUAAAAUGUCCAGAUGGGAGUUUAAGAGAGUCGUGUCUUAAUGAGUUUGAUUGGUUGGAUCAAAGAUAUACUGGACAUGUUGAGUUGUUGGAGGAUAAAUAUGAAAAUGCUAUUCACAGGGCUCCCCUUGGUGGUUGGAAUGAGUUGGAUCAUUUACGAUUUAAACACAUCAUAAAUCAAUACAAAGAUGUUUCGUCAAACAGACGGAAGUUGUAUAUGGAUCGUCUAAAAAGGGAACUACCCUACAAAACAAUAGAGCAACUUAGCAAUCACGAAGAUUGGUGGUUCAGUUAUAAAUCAUUUCAAUCACAAUUGAAAGACUUGUUCAAUGCAUGGAAACGAGAUAAGGAUGAUCUUACCUUGCAUGUAGUCUCGUUAUUCCAGCAGGCUUGUGUAGAGUACAACAACAAAACACAGACAAUGAUUGAACACACCAAACAAAAGUUUGUGUGUAAUUUUUUACACGAAAAGUUGUUUGAAUACCAAACAGUACGCUUAGAACAAAUGAAAUUGGAAGUUGCACACCGAGCGCAAAAGGAGGAAGAAGAAAGAAAAUAUAGAAAAAUGAGAGAAAUGAAAGAAAGAGAGCGAAGGGAAAGAGAUAAACAAAAGGUUAAGAUUCACAAAGAACACCAGGAAAGAUUGUCAGCAAAAUUAAGAGAUGUGAAUCAAAAAAGAAAGAUGGAACUGCAAAAAAUUCAAAAUAUAGAGCAAGCACAUAAUUUAGAAAGGGUGCAGUAUAGAAAAGAAUUAUUUAACGAAAAGUUAGAACACCAAAAACAACGUCAACAUGAAAAAGAACAAGGAAUAAUCGCAAAAGAGAAGAGAUUGCAAGCCCUGCGGGAUCAGGUUUUGGUGCAAAUUGAAGACGAUCCUGAACGAUUGUUUAAGUCAACACAGGCUUUCAAAGCUCAUGUCGCUGUCGAUGAAGAUGAGGAACAAGAAGCACAGACUCCUCUUUUUACCAUCAAUACCUACAGCGUGGAACAGAUUGCUAAUGAUAAAAGACUUAAGGUGGAGAACGCACUUCGUCGUGCUAACCUACACAUGACAGAAUAUGCUAGACAAGUUCUUAAAGGUGUUCAACCUCCGUCACACCCAAGAAAGGAUACACUAUCCACAGCAUUUCAGUAGGAUUUCUUAGUUACAAACUAGUUCAUAUUUUAGCAUUGUUAUUCCCAAAAAGCAAACAAAGCUUUAGCGAUAGUCAUUUAAAUCGUUGUGCACUUUUUUACUUGUCGUAGCACAUAUAGUAUAUUAGACACAAUUAUAUUGUGGGGAUAUUUUCAAAUGGUCAAUCAUUCUUCCUAUUGCUAUAGAGAUUAUAGAGUUUCUCAAUCCUGUUGUUGGACUAAAUAUUUCUCCAAAUAAUUUAGCGCAUAAUUCAGAUGUUGGUAGACAAUGGAUUCUUUUUCAUAAGUUAGUUGAAUAGGAUUUUAUUGACUCUUUAUUAUGAAUACAAAAGAAAUUUUCAUUAACAUUUUCAUACUUAGCCUUUUUACAUAAAAGUGAAUUAAAAAAGAGUCGCUUACUAUGAAAAUAAUUUUUGAGGCAUAAAAAUCUAUCUUAGUUCUUUAUUCUUAAUGUGUAUGUUUGGUUUUGACCAGUUCUUUUGUCUGAUAGUGCAUCUUUCACAGAUUUUUUUUAACCCCUUAUUCCUAUUUUCUCUACUCUUUGUAUGCGUAGUUUCUAAUUACUUCAGCAUCUUUUUUUAUUUCCAAGCCAUUCUCUGUUCAUGUUCGCGUGUUCUCCUAAUCUCUUUUUCUUUGACAAUUUGCAAUCUAGUUUCUUUCUUCCUAAAUGGUGCAUCAUGUUGUAUGAUCUUUUGUGAUGGUUAUAUCUUGUUUAUACCUUUUUUGUUGAACAUGGUCUGUUGUUUUCCUCAGUUGAUGUUUGUUGAGAAGAUGAGAUGGUAGAUCAUUGGUAUUUUGUCUGGUCAUUUGAAUUAAACAUGUAGACAAAGAAUUUCCAUCCAAGUAACUGAUGUCCUUUUUCCAGACGUUUUUUGGUAAACUCUGUUUUACCUGAAAGGAAAAAUCUCUUUGAGACAUUAGUGCUUUACGUCGUGCCUGCAGGUAAAUGAAUCCCAGCUGGUUGAGGCACCAUCUCACUGUCCUAUCCGAGAGGUUCUAAUCUAUGUCCACCUCCCGUCUUAGCCUCCUUGCACUGAACGAACCUUCUGUUCUGCGAAAUUUGAUGAUGUCUCUCACAAGCCUGCGUUCAUCCCUGACCUCCAGCCAACGAGCCCUGCCCCUAUUGCUGGAUUGCAAAUUUAUCCAUAAAGAAUUAAUUGGCAUUUUGACAUAUAUAUACAUUUCGACUUUGAGUAGCCUCAACCACUUCUCUGUUCGUAUAAAAAAAUACGAAAUAAAGAAAUUUUGUAUUAAAAUAUGCGGAUUUCUUAUUCUAAAAUACACGUAUUUUUAAAAAUACGAAAUACGGAUUUUGUAUUUUUAAAAAUACACAAUUCUAUUUUUGAAAAAUAAUACGUAUUUCCAUGUCUUUGCGGGACCAAACCAUUUAAUUUGUAAUGUCUGACUAAAUCUUUAUAGCGAGAAUUACCUAUAGCAUUUAUCAUUAAAUACAUUUUUUUGCAAAUUGGUAUUCCUUUAUGCCAAAAUUUUGCACUAAGUAUCUUGCGGUAUGUACUUUUGAACACAUGCAUGCGUUAUCAAACAGUAUUUUGUGUUUUUUUGUUUUUAAUUGUAGUUAGAAAUUUUGCAAUCAAAAUAUUAGUCACAGAUUUUUUUUAACCCUUUAUACUUAUUUUCUCCACUCUUUGUAUAUGUAGUUUCUAAUUACUUCAGCAUCUUUUUUUAUUUCCAAGCCAUUCUCUGUUCAUGUUCGCGUGUUCUCCUAAUCUCUUUUUCUUUGACAAUUUGCAAUCUAAUUUCUUUCUUCCUAAAUGGUGCAUCAUGUUGUUACCAGCUGUAUUAUAUUUUGUGAUGGUUAUAUCUUGUUUAUACCUUUUUUGUUGAACAUGGUCUGUUGUUUUCCUCAGUUGAUGUUUGUUGAGAAGAUGAGAUGUUUAAUGUUUUGUGUGAACCAUAUUUCGCGUUUUUCCGUCCAUUUCGUGAAAUAUAAAAUAAAUUUUUUUCGGCUAAAAUAAAUUUUUUCUCUGAAAAUUUUUUUAUACACAUUACCCAAAUGUUCAUCAUUUAUAAUGCUAUAUACUGAAUACUUGAUUGUUUGCAAAAAUGUUUUUGAAAAACAAUCCUCUCUCCCCUCAAUUUUAAGUGGUUUGUUCCUUCAGGCAUAUACGUCUAGCUUAAAUCUUACUGUUUUCUCCGCUCCACCUAUCAUUGGUAUUUUGUCUGGUCAUUUGAAUUGAACAUGUGGACAAAGAAUUUCCAUCCAAGUAACUGAUGUCCUUUUUUCCAGACGUCUUUUGGUUAACUCUGUUUUAUCUGAAGGAAAAAAAUCUCUUUGAGACAUUAGUGCUUUACGUCGUGCUUGCAGGUCAUUGAAUUCCAGCUUGUUGAGGCACCAUCUCACUGUCCUAUCCUAGAGGUUCUAAUCUAUGUCCACCUCCCGUCUUAGCCUCCUUGCACUGAACGAACCUUCUGUUCUGCGAAAUUUGAUGAUGUCUCUCACAAGCCUGCGUUCAUCCAGCCAACGAGCCCUGCCCCUAUUGCUGGAUUGCAAAUUUAUCCAUAAAGAAUUAAUUGGCAUUUUGACAUAUAUAUACAUUUCGACUUUGAGUAGCCUCAACCACUUCUCUUUUCGUAUUAAAAAUACGAAAUACGGAAAUUUUGUAUUAAAAUAUGCGGAUUUCUUAUUCUAAAAUACAUGUAUUUUUAAAAAUACGAAAUACGGAUUUUCGUAUUUUUAAAAAUACGCAAUUCUAUUUUUGAAAAAUAAUACGUAUUUCCAUGUCUUUGCGGGACCAAACCAUUUAAUUUGUAAUGUCUGACUAAAUCUUUAUAGCUAGAAUUACCUAUAGCAUUUAUCAUUAAAUACAUUUUUUUUGGAAAUUGGUAUUCCUUUAUGCCAAAAUUUUGCACGAGAAGCUUUCCUCUUUUCGCUAGUUGUACUGAAAGAACUGCGUAUAUGUGAUAAAAUUAUCAAGUCACAUUUGUCCUUAGAAAGUUGUAGAUUAUCGGCACGCAUGUGGGACAACGCUUCCUCACUAAAAUUUUGCGAACACGGCGCUCCAUUGUUAACUUUGCACCCACAGCCACUGUGUAAAAAUCAUUUAAUAACUUCUUGUUCAGUAUCUUCUCGUGCGCUUGCCUUAUCUUCUUGUUCAAUUCGAUCUGAAUUUUCUUUCUCACUUGCAUCACUUACGUUCGAAGGGACGACGACGAUUGACAACUCACGUUGACGUUGGCCUAUUGUUUAUCAUUCUUUCAACUGUCUCUAACUUCGAAAUUAUCAACUUUUGGUUCUCCUUCAACGCCCGAAGUCUAUUUAUCAUUUCAUCCAUCCUUGAUGGUCGAGUAACAAAAAAGUUACUGUUAAACACAUCACUACCACUUGUGCCGUCAAAACCACUAACUUCCUCUAUACUACCGCCCAUUAACAAGUCUAAGCUUCAUGCUUUAUGAAAUUUUUUUGUAAAACUGGAAUAAAAAAUAUUUAUCAUAAAGCCCACAAAAAACAAAAAAACAAAACGAACUCAUAUACACGUUUUUUUUAUAAGAACAAAGUAUUCAAAUUUAAAAAGUUAAGAACGUUUGAAGGUCUUUCUUCCGGUUGAGUGUUCUUAUACAAAAAACGUGUGUGUAACAUAAGGGUAUGCAACCAAAAUUUAAAAAACCUUUUAUACACAGUAACUAAAGCUUGAACCAUUCAUUUCAAUUAAAUCUCUCCAAAACCACCACAAAAUUUUAUUGCAGUUUUCAUUGCUUGUCCAACAUAUUUUACUGAUAAGUCCUUGAACAGGUUGACACCUUAGGAAUCACAAUGUCCUCUUCAAAAUUUAUAUCUAUAGGGUCAUCCAAACCAUGAGGUGGGAUACGGUCAAAUCCAGUAAAGAAAAACAAUAUAUCUUCUAGAGAUAUACCAAUAUGAUCGCCGUUUGCAACUUCAGCAAGAUAAAUUUCAAAUUCACAAAUUGCUGAUUCAACCAAAGUUCGUUUGUUAGAUCCAAAUAUACCAUCACGAUUAAUUUUUAGUAAUGCAACAAACUCAUUCAAGAGCAUGGUAUUUGCUAAAUAUAACAUAAUUUUCUGCAAACAUCAUUUUAUCCUUUUCUUUAUCGCCAGAUGGCAAAAUGUUAUUAUCCAGCAUUUCAUCAAUAUUUCCUUCUUUAAUUUGUUGAAGUUUCGCUUGAAGUUCAGCAUCAUCAACAUUUAUAACAUCAUUAGAUUCUUUCGAAUAUAACGCAUCAACAACACAAAAAUGUAAACAUUCUGGUCCUCUAGCUGAGUUCAAAAUUGAUAAACCUGUCAGUUGACCCAAUUUGUAAUAUGUUUUCAUUUCCAAAUCCUGUGGAACAGCCCUAAAGCAGAGGGCAGAUGUUGAUCCAAAAAAUAGACCUGGCACAAGGUUAAAGUACUUCAUGCACAAAGUUAAAAAUUCUUUAUAAGGACCUCCAGCAUCAGCAGCUGCUUCGCCAGCAAAUCGUAUAAUAAAAUCAUGCUUUUCUGCAUCAAAAAGAUAUAACAGAAUUGCUUUCUUUUUUUCUUUCUAUGAUAAAGCAUGUUGUUCUAAGUUUUUAAAAGUACUCUCCAUCUUUUUCCCAUUAUACUAGGAUAAGAAUGUUUUUACUCUGUCUGGCACAUUGUAUAAAUUAUGAGCUAUAGUAUGCAUCUCUUCGUAAGUACACGUACGUUUGCAGUCGAUGCUGUGAGAUUUGUUUCUUUUAGCCACAUAACAUUUCUUUUCGUAACACUUUAACCCAAAUGUCACUUUAUAUACCUCAAGAACUCUAAUUUGCCUAUUUUUCGAAUCAAUGCCAAAAACAUGAUUUUUUUUCAAUUGGUGUUUUAAUUCUUCAGCCCUUUGUUCAUAUGAUUUAAUGGUGUUGGAAGUGGCAGUGAAUUCUUGUUUGUAUGCUAAAAUGUCUCCAUAAACGAGACCCAUUUCUAACAGUUUUGCAUCUGUGACAUCAGAAGCGACAUUUUCGUCAAUGUUGUAGCAAACAAACGAUGGCAGAAGAUAAUCCAAGCUUCUGGAUUUUAGAAAGUGUUGAAUCUACAAAGUAAUAUAUAGGGAUAAAAAAUAAAUGUAAGCUUAACUAAAUCUGUAAAAUAUGUAGAAAAGUAAGAUUAUAUACUCAAUUACAAACAGAAGUUAAAAAAAACAGCUCAUUUUAUUACCUUGCUGUAGUUGUCGUUAUCGACCACAACAUUAGCUGCCAUGUUUGUUUAUGUUUAAAAACCUGCACAGAAGCAUUUUGUUUAAGCCCGGUGUAAUAAGUCGAGGCCGCUAGUUAUAAGUCGCUUAACAAGAUAACAAUUUACAGACACAGCCAUAGAAUUUAAAUAUUUUACGGACUAGAUCCCGUCUAUUUCUGGCGGUAGAACUCGCGGGCGCGACUUAUAAACGUAACACGCGGCCGCAAGUUAUAAGUCGCGGCCACGAGUUUUACCGCUAAUUUUGGCGCCAGUUAUGAACUAGAAUCUAGUUUGUCCAAUUCAGCCACGGUAAUAAAGCUUUUAUAUCAUCAAAGAAAAAGAAAAUCCAAAAUAAAAAUAUUUGACUUGCCAACUAAAUGAAGAUUAAGGCAAAAUGUUUCUACUGCUGAUCGCCAAGCUAGCACUAGUCGAAAAAAAAAUUGUGGACGCUGUGUCAUCCAGCUAUAGCGAUAAGAGCGAUGACAAAUACACAAACUUUCCGCCGUGCAAAUGGAUCGUUGAUUUAAAUCUAUUUACAGAUUGUUUGAAAAGAUCCUCCGUUUGCAAAAUCUGUCACUCCUUUCUCCCAAGCUUUAGUGGAAUGUGUGACACCUAUUUUUAAGAGAUUGGCUGAUGUUACUUUUUUAGAAGGGUGUAAAAAUGUAUGUAACCAGAACGAAAACGAGUGUUUUAAUAGUGUUCUUUGGAAUAUCUGUCCAAAAGAACAGUAUAUCUUGCCGAUGGAGAUGUCACUGGGUUUGAGUUUGAGUGUUUGCUCAUAUAAUUCCGGAAAUAUACCUUAAAAUACCUUGAAAUAUACCUUAUCCAAUCUUUUGGGAUUAGCAAACAUCCAACGUCACACAUCCUCAAUCAGUCAGUCAGUCGGCAAUCCUCAAUCAGUCGGCAUCAAAUGGAUAAAGAACGAGUGGAAAGCGGAGAUAGUGCAGUUCGUGCAGAAAGCAAACUGAGAAGGAAAAAAAGGAAAUACAGAGAAAUAAAGCGGCAAGACGCCUUCCAAAAGAACGAAGGUGCACAAUAUAAGCCACAGGGGUUUCACCCGAUACAACAAAAACAAGAAACCUUGACGGUUUGAAACACUCGUCGUUUCUGUAUAUGUGCAUAUUCAUGAGUAUUCUAUUACUUAUAUUUUGCGAAAUAGCGACAAAAUCGCUAAAUGGACAUAUAGCUUUACGGCCGUAGUUCAGCGGGCGCGGGUUCAACUACCAAGUGAAAAGUUUUGUUCAUCGGACGGACGAUCAUAUAUAUUGAGCAAUAUCCUCAGAUUGCUCAGAGCGCGCGUUCAAAUACCCAUGAACCGGCUUCGCAGCUGUGCGGUUCGUUAAGCACGGUCUCACGUCUCCGUAACAUGUGACUAUCCACACAUAACUGUCUCACACUACGUUUCCCCGAGGCGACUAUCCAUACAUCACCGCUGUCUUCGCGCUACACUUUCCUAAGGCUGAGAACGUUUCAAUGCGUUGUUUUCACGACACAUCGUGAUCGAGAUAUUCGAAAGAAAAAUGAUUUGAGAAAUUUCAAAACAAAAUGCGCAUACCCGAAACUUUGUCAUACCAAUGUGUCAUGGAUUAGGCAAUAGAAAUAAUUAAGCGAGUAACUUAUUGCAUCAACUAAUCACAAGACUUGAAAACUUAUCCGCGUAGAGAGAUUUACCCAUGGUUUCACAAAUCGAUUAUAAAUUUCAUGAUUAGUACGCAAAUAAUUUUGAGUCAUAAAUAUUGUUUCGAAUAAUGCAUUAAUACAUAAAAAAUUAAUACAAACAUUGUUCCGCUGACGUUUUCACGAAGUAGCAACCUGCUCCACAAGAUUGUUCUAUAACAUUCUGCAUGUCAAUCGUAUAUGUCCCAGCAUAGAACGUAAUGCGUUUUCUUUCCAUUAUAAGAUUAGGCAAGUCUGCAUGUGAAUCGUAUAUGUCCCAGCAUGGAACGUAAUGCGUUCUUUUUCAUUAUAAGAUUAGGCAUGUCGCCAUGUGCAUCGUAUAUGCCCCAGCAUAGAACGUAAUGCGAUUUCUAGAUUGCCUGAUGGAUUAAUGCUCACGUGAUGGUUCAGACGAAUAUAAAGGCUGCAUACGAUCUGUGCAGUCUUCAGUUGCACUCGCGUAACUGUUGUAGCAAAUGACAAGCAUUAGAGAAAAGCUAUGAAUGAGAACAAACAAUUUUCAAAACAAGAAAAAGUAUCGUUUCAGCAGUUUAUAGGUUUAAAUAACAACAAAAUACUUUUGAGGUUCAUUAUUGCAAAACAAUGAAAAAAAAAUGAAGCUUAUCUUAGUGUAAAUAUGAACUAAAUAUUUUCUAGCCAAGAUAGUGUCAUUCGUCAGAAACUUUAUUACGAAAUAAUUGAUAUGGCUUACUAAAAUAUGACGACUUGGAUCAAAUAGUUUUGAGGUCAUUGGUGUGAUACACUUGCGCUGAUGAUUGCAAUUACUUUCAAACGAAUGAGGUUGAACAGUUUUAGGUGUAAUACAGCACACCAACAUUCUUUGAAAAACCUAAUCCAAAAUAACAGAACAUGAGAAGAUUUGAAAAAAAUCGAAAAUUUUAUACCACACCAUGUGUUUUGAAUGUUUUUAUAUUCAUACACACAUGGGCGAAACUGGUUUUCCUUGUGUAUACACUGAAGAAGAUUUGAAAAGAAUCAAAAAUUUUAUACAACACCAUUUGUUUUUAAUGUUAUAUUUAAUACAAUAAAUAUUAAUAUAAAUAUGCUAACAGGAUGAUAUAAUCAUCGUAACUCUAUAAAAGUGGCUGCAAAGUUGAUUAAUCAAAAUAUGGCUUGUCAGUUUGUCAGCGUGGUGUCGUUGAAAGGCUAAAUUUGAUAGCAUUAUGAUCAGAGAAAUGUAUGCACUUGACAUAGCAAUUAAUGCAGUACAUCGACAAAACGCUACUCUUCACAUAAACAUGAUCAAGGAUAGCACCAGCUAGAUGAGUAGGUCCUGGUACAAUUUGUGUAUAAUCAUUCAUGAUAUCUGCUAAUUCUGGUUGGUCAGCUUGGGCAUUUAUAUUAAAAUCUUCAAGUAUAACAUGUAUGUCAGAACUUGCAAUUUUCCUUGACAGCAUGUUGUAAAAUGUCUGCAGAUGACUGUUAACUUUUCUGUAAAUAACCAUGACAUUAAGAACAUCAGAUGAAAAGGACGGUUUGCGAAGUGAAACAGAACUGACCCCAGGAUUAUCAUGAACAUUAUGAACCAAUAUAUGCUUUCGAAAACACAAUGAACUGUUUCUGAAUUCAUUUGUCCAUGAGCUAAGAAGUAAUGUUCAUCACCCAAAAGAGCUGACGUAAUACUCAGGAAACUUAUAGCAAUUUGAAAACGAUCAAUAUUGAUGUUGGUAACUCAUAACAUGCCAAGGGUCUGUUGAAAUUUGACUGCUUAAAAUUAGCAUCACCAUGUUCUAAGAUGUUAUCUAAAUCAAAUGACUAAAUCAAAUGAUAUUCAAAAAGAAAUUCUUUUGAGUUGGGACCAACAUAUAGCUAGAAGAGCAUUGCACAUACACUGAAAACCAGCAGUUUCACCAAACUUUUUGUCGCCUUGAUUAAAUGACCCAUUAACUGAUUUAUUAUGGUAAGCCGGACUUGGAUUAGAUUCAAUAUCCCCGCACAAAAAUAAUAGAAGUUUGUGCAAGAAAGAAGAUAUCGUAAAAACAUGGCAGAAAAACAUAAUUAGCUAGUUACAUGAAAUAAAUAAUACACUAAGUCAAUGGAUUGAUGAAUAAUAUUCAGCACGACGUACCUUGGUACUUAAAGCAGCUUCCCCAGGUAUUGAAAGUCUUCUCGAUCUAGCAGUUUUAAAUUUCAGUGAUUGAAGGUAGACUUUGCAGAACAACAACACACUAGGCACACUUUGUACAACAACAGUAGGUCUAGCAAGAUAGCAGAUUGCAUGAAAGCAAGAUAAAUAUUCCAGCGAUACUUCAUUUAUAUUCCGCUACUAUUUUUUAAAAGAACUUCGUAGAAAUGUGAAAACACAGCUAAGAGUGCCUCGAUUCUCCGCGGGCAGUGCGCAUGCUUCGACUUCAGCGGUAGCGAUGCAUAAACGACUGGUCUGUUGUUUGCAAAAUACGGGUUAAGACACGCACAACGUGAUAAGAAGCGGGAAAGAGGGUCGCGGAAAAAAAGAAGAAUUAUGGCGCGGGGGAGCUGGUAAGUUACGAUAUUCGGUCAGAUCGCAUGUCACUUUUGGUCGCACAAGCCGAAACCAAUACACUCCUGUCCUCCGGGACGAGUGUAAUAAUUUUUAUAAAGUCCUUUGUUUUACAUAUUUUGUAUAUAUUUUGUAAAUACAUGUUUUUAUUCUUCUACAAAAGGUAUGUUUAAACUGUCACAAAAUUCUUUCAUUCAUUCAUAUGCGUCUUUCCGUAUUUCUCCCGUUAUAUCACCAGGAGCAACUUCUCGAAUGAAGUCCAACACUGUUUUAGGGUAAGCAUACUAGGCCUCACACGGACCUAUCUCUUUUCUGUACAUACAUCUUGCCCAUAAACAAUAAUGAAAAUAACUCUUUUUUUCCUUGAAGAAAUAGGCUGCUAACGAAGAGUGUGCCAUCAUAACUAGAAAAAUUAACAAAAUAAUUUUUAUAAAAAAAAUAAAUAAAAAAAAUAUGAUAUAUUUAUAGCUACUUACCCACAGUCACUCAUCUCCGUUAACAUACUUCUUUUUUUCCUUUCAAGUUCAGGUUUUUCGUGAUUUUUGUUUCUGGAGUUUGUUUUUGUUUUCAACUGUGUAUAAUUUCGAAUGUGAGCGAACACGUGCAGCAUAAACAAAAGAUGUGAAAAAACCUGUUAACAAAUAGUCGUCACCAUAGUGAUCAAUUAAUAUGCAGAAGUACCGUAAAUGCUCGAUUUAGCGCCCUGGGCGCUUAUUUAAAAAUUCAACUUUUGGGGUGGGCGCUUAUUCGAGAGGGGCGCUAAAACGAGAGGGGCGCUUAAAAAAAAACUCAAGUUGUGUCAAAUCAAAAAUUUUUUAGCAACUAAGACAGUAUUAGUAAGUGAUAAAAUAAUAGAAUAAAACAGAAGACAUGCUCUAAAAAUAACGUUGUUAAUGUUCUUAAAAACUAAAUAUUCUCAUGUCAAUAUCAUCGUCUUCGAUUUCGUCAUCGUCCAAUAAAAAAACUUCGUUUGCCGCCUCUUCUACAUCGGAAUCAGUUACGCUAUGUGAUGAAAAAGGGUUUGUUUCAUCUUCGGCAUCCCGUAAUACCUGCAUUUGUGUUUUAAGCAUUGUUUUGCCUGCUGCACAAGGUUGUGAUUCUUUGAAACAAUGAAUAUCGUCAUCUUCAGAACCAUCAACUUUUAUAUUUAGUGCGCAUGACUUAAAUGAUUGUUUAAUGGUAUCAGCUGAUAAGGAUGACCACGAUUCUAGAAUCCAUUCAACAAUACGUUUACGAGGUGGUGCCUUAAGAUUGCCAUCAACGGUUUCGUUGUGUAUUCCCUCAUCUGCAAGCCAUUGAUCGUAUCUUUCUGUACACAUCGCCUUAAAUGGUUUAUUCCAUGACACAUCUGGUGCUUGAAUGUACUUCGUGCAUCCUCCGGGAAUAAUAACCUGAUCAAUGUUUGAAGACUUUAAUGCUGCUGCAACACUACUUUCCAUAUGACACUCGUAGGAGUCCCACGCUAAAAAUCGCUUACCGAAAGAGAAACUUCGCAAAACCUUCUUAGUAUAGUCAAGAGUCAAUUCAGUAUUCAUCCAGCCAUUUGAUGAAGAAGCUAUUAUACAGCGUGUUUUGAAUUCGUCGUUUAGUGUUUUUGACUCACGUUUUGCGCCUUUAAAUACGAUAUACGGUUUCAAUCUUGUUCCAUCCGCUUUUGCUGUUAAGCAGACAGAUACUCGUGAUUUUUCAUGGCCAGUAGUUUUCAUUGUAACAGUCUUGUCACCUUUUUUAUGUACUGUUGUAUCAGAUACCAUAUCUGACCAAACGGGUGUUUCAUCCAUUGCUAUGAUGUUUGAAGGUGAAUAAUGAUACUUAGAAGCAUAACGUCGAGUGUGGAGUAUGUAAGACACAAGUUUAUCGAUCAACUUAGAAGGAUCUUUUUGAGCGACAGAAGUUUUUCGUCUCAGAGAUAGCCCAUUUCGAAGCAUAAACUUCUGCAACCACCCUGUACUUGCUACAAAUGUGAUGCUAUUUUCUGAAUCACUUUCUUUCGCUUUCUCAUUAUACACAAAAAGGGCUUUUUUCAUGAUCAGUUUUCUGGAAACUCGAAGUCCUUUAUCUCGUCUAUCGUAAAUCCAUUCAACAAGCACUUCUUCCAUCUGCUGAUCGAGAGGUUUGCGUCCAGCACCGUCUAAUCGUUUCCUUAUUGAACCGUGAUCUUUUUUUUUUAAAGAUUGUAAUUCUUCUUUACACUUUGACCAUUCUCUUAUUCUCUUUCUAUCAACGUUGAAUUUUCUGCUUGCUGAACUUAUGCUAUUGAGUUCGGCGUAAGCUACUGCGUCAAGCUUAAACUUUAAGCUAUAACUAGAUACUUUUUUACCCUUAUGAGAAAUAGCGACUUCGUUAGUUCGUUUCCAUCCGCCAUAUUUUCGUACCACACUUGACCUUGAAAUUUUUCUUUAUUUCCAAAGCUAUCUUUAUUUCACUUCGCAGAUCUUUUUUAAAUGUCCUUCACCACAGAAGACAAUUUCUGCAAGCUCCUCAACUAUCUAACAUUGUGUAAAGCCAAUAAGAUGGAGUGUUUUCAUCGAUGUUCACAAAGAUCAAAAGACAAAGGUGACAACUUAAUAGUUGUUCCAAAUGGUGUUUUUUGUUUCUCUUGUUAUCACAGCUGCAGUCACAUCUAAUUAAAGUGCCAAUUUACUAUAUUUCACUACUAGUCAUAAAGAUAGCUAACAUAAAAGUUAUGGCAAGAACAAACUCUUCUUUCUGCAAUAUAUUUUACACUUUGGAUUUUGAAACUGCUAUCCGUGGUCAUCAUGUUUACCAGUCAAAAUGGACGCCUGAAAUAAACUUAAAACUGAAAUGUGCAGUUGAUACAAGAAAUGAAGCUACAGAAUACGAUGAAAAUGCAAUCGGCGUUUAUUUAUGGGGCAAAGAAGGAACAGUAGAUGGGCUUGUUGGUCAUCUUCCAUUGGAGUUAUCAAAACUCAUAAAACAAUUUCUAAACGCAGACCAUUAUAACGUCGUGACAGCAACCGUGAUUGGAAAGAGAAAAAGAGAAGUUGGGCUUGUCAUCCCGGCAAAGUACAGUGCUAUGACAACACGUAAAGAACUGAUAACUAUUCUAAAUGAUGAACUAUUGAAAAGAAAAAAUAGAUACGAACACUUUGCUAUGAAAUUUAACGCUGUAAAUGAUUUUAAAAAGAAAGCUAUUUUUGAGUAAAACGUCUUUUUCCUAUUUCCUAAAUAUUCAAAUAAGCGCCCCCUUUGGCUCUAAAAUUAUAUUCGAAUAAGCGCCCAUGGGCGCUUAUUUGAGAGGGGCGUUUAUUUAAAAAUUCAACUUUUAGGGUGGGCGCUUAUUCGAGAUGGGCGCUUAUUCGAGAGUGGGCGCUAAAUCGAGCAUUUACGGUACAUGUUUUUAUUCUACUACAAAAGGUAUGUUUAAACUGUCACAAAAUUCUUUCAUUGUAACUUCAUAUGCGUCUUUCCGUAUUUCUCCCGUUAUAUCACUCUCGUUAUAAACUGUCACUCAUCUCCGUUAACAUACUUCUUUUUUUCUCUUCAAGUUCAGGUUUUUCGUGAUUUUUGUUUCUAGAGUUUGUUUUUGUUUUACCCAUACUCAACUGUGUAUAAUUGCGAAUGUGAGCGAACACGUGCACUCCAAAAGUCAAAAACAUUAUAAAAAAAUUAAAAAAGCUUUUUUAGAUCAAUGUCUUGUGAUCACAAAAAAGCAAACAGCAAACUUGAGAAAUUAGUAGUUUUGUAAAAGAGAUCACAUUUGUAGGAGAGGGGUCUUUUUUUUCGUGUCUAUUAAACCUUCAAACUUUAUUUUUUUGUGUUAACAGAAUCGUACAAAUACAUUUGUAGCAAAGCAAUACAAUAAUUACAGUAAACUUAACGUUUGGAAUAAAUACGUCUCUGAAAGUGAUGACAUAUAUAUGAAAUUAUCCCUUGACUAUAGAAUAAAGUUAAAAUUUGCCAAAAAUGUUGUAUCUAUUCUCUCUAGCACCUACAAACUCGUUGCCUACAUCAUUUAAGUCAAGUUUGUCGGUAAAAUGUAGCAAAUAAAAGCGCAUUAAAACGCAUACUUUUCAUCGUCGAGCGCAACCAUGUUUUAAGUCGUCGUGCUGUUGAAAACUAUCUUUCGGAAGAAGAAGCUCAUCUUGAUGAUCAUGAUGUGUACAUUUAUUAACACCCUCAACUUUUUCCGCUAGCCUUUGUUUUAUCCGAGGGUCGUCAUGACUUCGAGGUAGAGAAGUUGGCUGAAGUUAUUGGUCCCGUCAUCAUUACCGCGAAGUGGUAUACCUUGCCGUGCCAAAAACUGGAGAGAUCCAAUUAAGUUUGCCAAUUACUGACGUUCUUUUGCCCUGUUCUGGGCUUUUUUAUUGCUUAUCAUUUCUACUGGAUCUCCGCAUUGUGGCACAAGGGAUUCGUAAGUCUUAGAAGCAGUGUGGCAGUUGAUUCUAUUAUGUGCUAUCAAUCUAGAAGUGGCCUUUUUCCAAUUUUCAAAGCCUCUGGAUAUAAACGCAGGGUCUUUGUUGCGUUCAGCGGUUAACUUUUGUUCAUGUUUUUGACAUGCACAUCGUAGUGUAGCCAUUUAUUGGUAUCGGACCAUGCAUGUUGGCAACGGCGUUCAUGUUUCGCAAUGAGCGUUAAUGGAAAUAUAAAAUCUUUGUCUGGGCAAUAUCGUGUCUUUACAGUUGAUGUUGAUUGUUUUUCUGCAAUGUCGGGGUUAUUUACAAUAUUUACAAGUUCAUGACUAUUUACAGAAACAAUGUCUUCCGACGAAGAAGAAGAAGCUUCAUUUCUUGUUUUUUUUAAAAGGAUUUAAUUGACUUUCGCAUAUUGCUAAACUCUAAAAAUGAAAAUUACGUAUAUCAAAUCAAUGUUGCAAAAACAUAAUCAAUCACAUGCACAAAUACAGUCAAAUUUCAAGAAUGAAAACAAGACAACAACACGCUACUUUAGCAGAGUACCACAUUUAAAUGAAUAUCACACCAACAACAACAACAACAACACUGCUUUCUUUUUUUACAAAUGCGUUAAAAUGGGGGCUCACUACAAUAUCAUACGCACUACAUACAUUUAGAAGGUUCUGGAAAAGAGAGUACAACUCUCAAGUACGCAUGAUAGAAGAAAGGGAAGUGGUCAGUCACAAACUUUGCAAACAUCUUGCCAUUAAUGCGUCCAUGGUAUUGUCCACAAUUCAGCAAAUCAUGAUGCCUUUUCCAUGACUAAUGGUCUCAAGGAAAGUGCCACUUUGUCACCAGAGCCAACGUGACUGCCUUUGGCCGUGCAAGUUGGGUUUAACCCCUCGCCUCGUCAAGGCUAAGCCAUGGCCCUUGUGGAUCUAGCCUUAUUUCACGGGUUGUACUUAUUCUGGAAUCCAUCACCGUCCAGAUAGAAGGAAAUCUAUGUUGUCCACAGGUUGAAAAUAAACGACCUCCCAACCUUAUGGCAGAACGCAACCUUAGGUCUUGUUCAAAAAGCAGGGUUUUUUUCGUGAGUGGUAAUAUUUUUAGCCAGUCGUGUGCAAGACACGUUGCACGGUUUUAUAAUGUACAUCCUUUUUUAUUCCUGCUACAAGUCUCGUUUUUUUACAGUGAAAGACCUCACAUUUCAUCUUAAUUUUGGAAUUUCUCUAAUUAAAGCCCUAUAAUCUCUGUCGGUAAGUUUGCGAGAUCGUUCUUUGUUUUCCGAACGUUUGUCCAUGUCACAAGUCCCUAUAGGUUUUCUUGCAUGCCGGUAUAUGCUUGCCUUGGAAUACAUUGGAAAGCGGUUAAAGGUUCUUCCCUCUAAAAUUAUGCUCCUCAUAUGACUAAAUAACUUUCCACAAAACGAAACAGAUCUUCCUUGAUUUGGGUUUCGGCACCCCACCAAACACAACUUCAUUGUCUUCAACUGCCACACUCAAAAAAUAAUGAAGCCCAUAAAUAGAGAUCACUUAUUUUAAUUGUAUAAUAUAAAUAAUUUACUUUUAUGGGCUUUCUCAAGUCUACCAUGUCGAUUGCCUGCUAACAAUAAUUAAAGAUAUAUAUUUAAAACUGUAAAAAAGACAUACGUUUACACAAUAAACCAUACAUAUAAACUCCUUAUAAACUGUAUAUAUCUGCAAAAUCUGCUUACCCCUUGGAAAACUCAUGAAACAUUUCACGAGGACAUGGCCUUGAGCAGCCAACCCUCCAUCUUGCUGAAACAAAAACUGUCGCAUAGGGCCUUCUGUGACAUCUAUAUCUUUAUAUUGGCAGUCUGUUGGUGUUCUUCGCACAUACACCACAGCCACAUCAUAUCCAAGGUGCUGGUUAUUAUUGUUAAACUAAGAAAUGAAAAAAAAUGGUUUCCAACGUUUUUGUUGGUCGAAUUAUUAUCCAAAGGAUUUUGCAUCUGUUACUACUCGAAUAAAAUACCUUCACUAUUCCUGUUAAACCAUAUUCCAUCAAGCUUUCUGGGAUUUAUAACGGUUAAUCGCAACAGCCAAAGUCGAUCCUCACCAUCUGGCUGAGCGUAAACAGCCACAAUAUCUCCUACUUUCAUGUAUUCCUUCGGUAGAUGAAGUCAGUGAAGUAAAAACACUGUAAUUUCUUCCCUGAGAAGCAUUACUGAUCAAAAGUUGAAAAGGUACACAAUACAAAAAUUUAAAAUUUAACAGAGAAUAUUAAGAUAUGUUUAGAUAGUAAUAGGAUAAAUUUUUCUAAUAACCCUAAAGUUUAAGAAUCUGGGCGAUAACCUCGCCUUGAUGGAAACACCCUUUUACAAAAGAGGAAAGUAUGAAAUCAUUUUUUUUUUGCCACGGCGUACCCGUAUUAUAUUUGCGUAGGUACCAGACUGGUACCCCUUUUUAGCCAGACACGCAUUCUUUUAUAAAUCUCGGUAGCUGGUUUUAAGACAUUUUAGUCACUUGUCUGGAGUGCCUACUAAUAUUGCAUUUAAACAUUAUACUUCGAAUCCCUAAUUUCCCAACAACAACAUGCUUGCUCGCCCUUCACCUUAAUCAUCAUCCCAAUUAUUUUGUCCAUGCUCUCGAUAUUUUUGUCUAUGUAUUCAACUGGGAUCGAACAAAGUGUUCUUUUUACACUACUUGAAAAUUUGCUGAACGUGUUGAAUGUAAUGCUUCCGUACAAAGCCUGUGAGCGUAGCUCUCUCUUUGCAAAGUUAAACGCGUUCUUAAUACGAUUUAGGUCCGGACUUGGUGGCGUUAUAUCGAAAUUUUAGGCAGAAAUCUUUUUGAAACCUGCCUAGCCAGAUUGCUAUUCUGGUUAGGGUCACCAUCUUGCAAGAACAAUUUUUCGGUGGAAUUGUAAUUUUUAACUGUUGAAGGGAAGUGGUCAGUCACAAACUUUGCAAACAUCUUGCCAUUAAUGCGUCCGUUAUAUUGUUCGCGAUUCAGCAAAUCAUGACGCCUUUUCCAUGACUAAUAUUCUCAAGAAAAGUGCCUCUUUGCCACCAGAGCCAACAUGACUGUCUUUGGCCGUGCAAUUUGGGUUUAACCCCUCGCCUCACCAAGACAUGGUCCUUGUGGAUUUAGCCUUAUUUCCCAGGUUGUACUUAUGCUGGAAUCCAUCACCGCCCAGAUAGAAGAAAAUCCAUGCUGUCCACAGGUUGAACAUAAACGGCCUUAUCUUCUGCCAGAAUGCUUAACGCAACUUCAGAUCUUGUUUGGAAAGCAGUCCUUUUUCGUGAGUGGUAUUAACUAUAGCCAGUUCUGUGCAAGGCACGUCGCACGAUUUCAUCAUGACAUCCUUUCUUAUUCCUGCUGCAAGUGUCGGUAUCUUAACGGCGACCCCACUUUGCUUCUUAAUUUAGGAAUUUCUAUAAUUAAAGCCCUAUGAUCUCUGUUGGUAAGUUUGCGAGAUCGUUCUUUGUUUUCCGAACGUUUGUCCAUGUCACAAGUUCCUAUAGGUUUUCUUGCAUGCCGGUAUAUGCUUGCCUUGGAAUACAUUGGAAAGCGGUUAAAGGUUCUUCCCUGUAAAAUUAUGCUCCUCAUAUGACAAAAUAACUUUUCACAAGAAAAACAACAAAUCUUCCGUGGUGUGGGUUUCGGCACCCCACCAGACACAAUGUCAUUGUCUUCAACUGCCACACUGAAAAAAUAAUGUAAAUUCUAUAUAAGCCCAUAAAUAGAGAUCACUUAUUUUAAUUGUAUAAUAUAAAUAAUUUACCUUUAUGGCUUUCACAAGUCUACCAUGUCGAUUGCCUGCUAACAAUAAUUAAAGAUAUAUAUUUAAAACUGAAAAAAAGACAUACGUUUACACAAUAAACCAUGCAUAUAAACUCCUUUUAAACUGUAUAUAUCUGCAAAAUCACAAAACUGUCGCAUAGGGCCUUCUGUGGCAGCUAUAUCGAUAUAUUGGCAGUCUGUUGGUGUUCUUCGCACAUACACCACAGCCACAUCAUAUCCAAGGUGCUGGUUAAUAUUGUUAAACUGAGAAAUAAAAAAAAAGAAAAGCCGGGCACAAAAAAACAAACAGUUUGCAAUUUUAAAAAUUAGAACAGAGAACUGAAUGUUAACAUCAUCAAACCAUUUUACUAUAUCUUUCAUCUUUUUCAUUGGCCUUGUCAAAUUACAUGACCGAUUCUCAACAACUUUUCUUUUUUUAAGACAAGAUGUGAGCAAGCUGGACACAUCCGACAUUUAUUUGCCGUCAUCUCUUAACAUCCCUCACAUUGCUUUAAUGAGGCAAAGGAUAUUUGUGAUUUACGCACUAAUAAAAAGCUAUACAGGAAAUUUGUCUCGUCGAUAGCAAACACACCUUUUAAGCAAUAAAACUUUUUUGACGAAAUUUUUUUGAAUCUCCCUACAUUGUUUUUUGUAUUUAGGUGAAGUAUGCUUAUGUACAUAAAGUUUAUGUAAUCACAUGCAGUACAAAUACAACUCCCAACCCCUCCCUCCCCCAUCUCACCUUAAUCUUGUUUUGUACACACAGACGCUGUUACAUGUGUGUUGAAAGACAUUUUUGAACAUUUUAAAGUUCAUACACUAUAUAUACAAGAAAUGUCAAGCUAUACUCAAUAACUUAUUCUCUUCCCGCCAGCUUCAAUAAUCAUACUCAUUCUUUUAUUCAUGGACUCAAUUAAUUGUUUUGUUUAUAUGACACAGGCGUGUUCAUCAAUGUUUUUUAGGACGUUCAGAGAAUUGUUCCGUAUUCUUAAAUGUUAUAUUGCGACCCAGUGCCUGACUGUGUAGAGUCUGCUUUGUAUAGUUGCAUACGUUUUCAAUAGGAUUUAUAUCAGGGCUGCGAGGCGGUAUAGCGAACUUCCUAGCGUGAACUGCGUCCAAUGCAAUUUUAGCUUUUUUUCUGUUCUGACUGGGAUCUCCGUCUUCAAGAAACGAUCUUUCCUGGCAAACAUAUUUCCGUUUAUCCGGCCUUUACAUACUGUUUGCAAAGAAUAACACCCUUCAUGUAAGCAAUUGCGACCAUUAAAUAUAAGUACAGAUUUUUUUUAUUAUUUUAUUCACUUCUUUGAUCAGACCUUUCCUUUCACUUUAUUACGUUAAAAAGAAGCAUAAUUUAGCAGUUUUUCUUAAACUCAUCUCCUAAUUUUUGACGACUCCCUAGUUUCCAGCAUCGCAUCUUCAGACCAUAGCUUGCUCCUUGUUUUUCUUAUGUAAUUUCAAGCCAUUUUGAAUUACAAUUGAAAAUAUAUUGAAUGAUAUGGAAACCUCCGCGCUAAUAUAACCUCCAAGUUUAAUCAAAUUUCCAGUCACCACUGCUCAGUUAAUUCAGAAAUACAUGCGACUAACUUUGAUUGUUUUUCCAGAACUAGUAUGUAGUGUGCCUUGCCGAUGGCGCGCUGUUUUGAUAUAUUGUAAGAUACCGAAUGACGUAAAAAGCAAAAUGAGUUUUAAUUGUCACGUCUGGCCCCAUGUCACAUCUUGCCCUGCAUUAUCUUACACUUUGGCAAUAGGUCGUUUUACGAAGAGGGUUUUAGUGAUAAAAUCCUAUAUGGGAACUUUUUUUAUAACAACCACCAAAGAUGUGAUUAGUGAACUUUGGAUUCGUGCUCCAGUACACUAUUUCCCUUUUUUGCAAUAAAUGUCCCCAUAUAUUUGGAAGAGGAAGGUACGUAAAACAAAAGCAAGUUACCAUAUGUGCUACGAAAAGCAAUUGUUCUGACUGCAUUUGUUUUUUCUUAUAUUAAUGUUUGAAUGUUUUUAUAAAAGUUGUACAUUUAUAACUAUAAAAUAUGAUGCUUCGUAUACUCGAUACGAAUAAAAAGUUGUAUUUAUUCUUUUCUGCAAUUUUUACACGUGUAGAUAUAGCUAUAAAAAGUGAAAAUAUACCGUUAAAGUAUGUAAUAUAUGUACUUGAAUAUAAUUUAUUUAGAACAAAAAUAUUGAAAUCAGUUUUUAUUUGUGAAUACUUUAUAAACAAAA